AUGAGGCAUACAGACCACACCCUAUUGAUGACAAAAUGUCAGAAGAUCAUCAAAACAGUGUUUCUUGUGUUAGUCUGGGUUUGCUUGGGUCUGUACCUGGAGAUCACAGGCCCGACGCUGAUCGACCUGAAGAUCAAGACGGGGGCGGACUAUGAGGAAGUGGCGGUCGCUGUUUCCGGCCGCUCGGUCGGCUACUUCAUUGGAUCUGCCAUAGGCGGUGUUUUGGUUGACAAAUGGCUACAUUUCUGUGACCUGAUGAUCGGAGUGUGUCUCACGGGAGGCGGUAUAGCAACAAUAUUCGUUCCUUUUUCUCCAACUGUGGAACUUCUCUGGUUAAUUAUCGUCAUACAGGGAACGUUCGAAGGAAUUAUAAACAUUGCGGGCCAGAAGUUGAUAUUGCUGCUAUGGGAAAAAGAUGCUGCCUCCCCGCUUCAUAUUCUCCACGGAGGGUUUGGUAUAGGCUCAUUUAUCAUCCCCCUCAUUGCAAACCCCUUUCUCGCCAUUCCGAGGGAGACACACGCUGGUCUUAACGGUACAUGGAACGAGACGCUUGGCCGACAGUCAUCCAUGGCGAACAAUACAAAUGCAUCUUUAAGCGCGACACAUGCGAGGACGUUUGGUAAUGACACUACAACCGAGUAUUUACGGGAAUCUAGGAUAGAAUACGCAUACCUGAUCUCAGCCAUCAUUACGCUAGCCUUAUCAGCCGUGUUUUACGGCUACCACUGCAGGGGAUACCGGUUUCAGAAAAGUCCAGGAGCUGAACACAAUGAAACAAAAAUGCACAAAUUUACAGAACAUUGUAAAACUAUGAUUAAUCCUAAAACGUGUACAGAUGGGAAGCUCUUUUAUGGGAUUCAAAUGUUCAGCAUAUUGUUCAUAUAUUAUUUCAAUAUUGUUGGUGGUGAACGUAUUCUAGGAAAGUUUAUUAGAGCUUACGCUAUUGAGCAGUUAGACUUCUCAGUAAGCGAAGGAAGCUACAUUAACACGACAUUUUGGAUUAGUUUUGCAGUCGGACGCAUCUCCGGAUUUAUUGCCGCAAGAUACAUUCCCAUCCGAAUGCUCAUUCUUAUAGAGACAGGUGGUGUGUUUGUAUUCUCGAUUCUCCUUAACAUCUUUGCCGUAGACAACACACUGGCGCUGUGGAUACUGAUCCAACCACUGGGCCUGUUCCAUGCGCCGUGCUUCCCCUCAAUGAUGGGUUGGGCCGACUUUCACAUGGAGAUGAGCGGCAUGGCAAUCACCUUCCUACUGUUGGGCGGUUCCUGUGGCGGCGUCGCCUACCUCAAGAUAACCGGGUUCCUGUUUGAAACAUACGGUCCAAGAGCCUUCCUUUACCACAUUCUUGGGUACGGGAUAGCCUGUAUCUCGCUCGCCAUCCUUCUAGACGUCAUUGGUGCACAGCAUGGAAGCAGAUUUGUAGAUAUGAAAAAGGACAUAGUUUCACACGAGGAAGAUGUGGAAAUGAUGUCGAUUUCGCAGCAACACGAUGAACAGGAUUAUGAUGACCACAGUGAAUAAACAAAAAUUGCGACGUGAGCGCAAUUACGAACCUGUCCAGUUCGGUGUCACGGUGAAAUGAUCCUAUUUGAGUGAUUUUUAAAAUAGUUUAUUUUGAAAUACGAUGUAGCCUAACGAGUGACCAGUUUUAUAAUAUCGU